AUUUUGUCGAAUAUGUCAAUAACACCUGGUUGGCCCCUCACAAAGAACAAUUUGUUGAAGCAUGGACCAAUCGAGUGAUGCAUUUAGGAAACACAACGACUAAUAGAGUCGAGUCUGCACAUUGGAGACUGAAGAAAAUGUUGGAACACAGCAAAGGAGACUUAUGCAAGUGUUUGGAAGGCAUGAAUGACAACAUAAGACUAGAAGUUGACAAAAUAAAGAAGUCUUUUCAAAAAAGUUUUUACUAUACAGAAAAGACACAUAGCAGUCCAUUUUUUCAAUAUUUGAGAAACUUUGUCUCCAGGGCUGCUAUGACACUAAUUUCUGAUGAGAUGGAGAGAAUUGACAUUGUUGGAACAAAUAAAAACUUGUGUGGUUGCAAACUUAGGUCAACAUGUGAGUUGCCUUGUGCUUGUGAAUUGAGUGGAUAUACAACCAGCGGUGUACCGAUACCGUUAGAUUCAGUUCACGGUCACUGGAAGAAAUUAACUAUGGAAGAACCAUUGGAGGAUGACACAGAGGAUGGAUAUGAGUUGGACAUGAGUAAUGCAAUGGAGGCCAUAUGGACUCGAUUUCGGUCACUUGAUAUUGUUGGUAAAAGAGCGUUGAAGAGUAAAGUGUUUGAACUUGCUUAUCCAGCCUCAAGUUCAUUGUGUCCACCACCUGAAAAAAUAAAAACCAGAGGAGGAGUGAAGAACAAAAAUAAAGGCAAAGCACCAAAAGGUUAUGAUGUGUAUCGUGAUCCAUCAUACUUUGAACACGUUGAAAGAGAAUAUGGUGAUUCACAAGGUACAUCGAAGAGGUUGUGUACACAACAAUCACAAACAUCUCAGAAGGAACUAUCUCAACCCUCUCAGAAGCAACAAUCUCAACCAUCUCAGAAACAACUAUCUCAGAUGUCUAAAAAACUGACAUCUCAGAAAUAUUUGGGGCAAUUUCCUGAUCAUAUGCAUCCACAUAUUGUUGACAUUGCUGAUGUGCUUGAAGAUGGAAAUUGUGGUUUUAGAGCUGUUGCAUCUUUACUUGGUUACACAGAGGAAGGUUGGUCCAUCGUCCGCCGGGAGUUAGAUGAAGAGCUUAGAAAUAAUAACAAUUUGUAUGAGAAAUUAUUCAGACAAGAUUUGCAGGUUGUGAGAGAUUCGUUGGUAGCAACUAGAUGGUUCACCAUACCUGCUAUGGGUUACUUGGUAGCAAAUAGGUAUAAUGUCGUUCUCGUCACGUUGGGUAAACCUAGUAAGACUUUCUUUCCUAUGAUGACUUCAUAUUCCUCUUCAGCAAGGUUUUUUUGUAUUGGUUUUGUCAAUGGAAAUCAUUGGGUUCCGGUAAACAUGUCAAAGGGGUUUCCGUUGCCCGAAGUUACAGCUGAUUGGAAGAAAUUUUGUUCACAUGAAGCAAAGUCUUGGAUGUCAAACUUAAACGGACGCCUACAAUAUUGGAACCUUCUAAAUCCUCCGGUGAAACCUCUUAGUGGUGUUAUGUCUGUUGAAUAAUUUUUAAUUGUUUAUUUUAUGUCGAAUAUUUAUAUUACUUAUGUUUUAUCAAAUAUCUAAAUUCGUUAUUAACGUUUAUUGUGUUAAAAA